CACAUGUUUCCCAUUAGCGGCUGAGUAUUUCUUCUUGGGCAUCCCAGUAAUGUCACUCAAACGAAAUACCAAAAAUGAUUCCCCUUCUACAAAAAACCAGUCUCGCUUUUAAAGUUUCUUACAUUGGCUCUAAUAACAAGUGUUCUGCCAGCAGCUUGGAUUCAUCCUCUUCUUCUUUGCCUUGGAUUCUGUUGUGACGGAGAGCUCUUGUGUCGCUGUCUGUUCUCAAGAGAGUAUCGAUAUCCUUUCGCUGGGCUGUUCCCCACCCCCACCCCCACCCCCCCAGCCCCGGAGUUCUGGAAUCCACUUCUGCGUGCCCACCUCCGGAUGGGCAUGUGACUUCAGCCUGGACAAUUAGGCAUCGCCCUCUUCCAGCCUCAGGAGCCCAGAACGAACGCACUGCAACUCGAACCGCCAAGACGGUGGCUGUCUUCCAGAAGCGGCACUUCUCUGUGCUUCGGAUCCCCCGCAGGUUACUGUCAGGAGCACCGACUUCGAAACCAGACCACUGGCACUCAGAUCCCGCUCUGUCUCUCCUUUGCAACUUUGGGCUAGUACUUAAUCUGCCUCAGUUUUCCUACCUGUGUCACUCUUAUGGAAAUUGCAAGUGUCAGUACCUGCCGAAAGGAAGAGCGGUUGCCUAGGAUGGAAGCAAAGGUGGCUAUGAAUGUUAUUGUUAUUUACCUAUUUAUUGCACCGGAUCUGGGAGGACAAGCCUGGCGCUACAGGGCACGUGAAGUCUGAGACGGUGAGGCAUCAGCAUGAAGCAGAGCAGAGCCAAGAGGAGGCGGACGUGGGCCCUGGCCAUGGGUUGGGCCCUGGAGCGAGUUGGCCCCAAAGCCAGUUGUACCCAGGGUUUUUCAGACAUGAGGCAAUAAACCCCUUUUUUUGCCUAAUGUUCUGUGACUCGAGUCAGAAAGUGUCUUCAAUGAUAGCGCCAAGCAGCGUCCCAGGCUAGCAACGUGGGACCCAUUUCAGUUUUCCCCCCAUGGUCCGCAUUCCACAUGGCAAGUCUGAAGAUUUCGCUUCCUCAAUUUCUUUUCAUUAUGAGUCCUUUUUUCCACUUCCCUAACCCAAGGGAGAAAAGAAAAAAAAAGCAACAUUUGCUGAGUGGCUAUUAUGUACUUCUAUCCUGCUCACACAUGUGGACUUUUUAACCCUGACAGUCACCCUAGGAGGAAUUUGAAGCACAGAGAUGGUAACUAGUCCAGAAGAAGAGAUGUAACUAACUAGUCCAAGGUCACGCAGUGAGCCAGUGGUGAUUCCAAGUCCAGAGGCCACAGGUGGCCCUGCUAUGCCAUCCUGGCUGGCAUAUGAGAGACGUUUACUCAAUGGCUAACCCCAAAAGUGGUAUCUCCAAAACUCACUCCCGGCAGUACCCAUGUGACACAGGCCAGUGGCUACUUAGUCCUCUUUGAAAAUGGCAAGGACCCUCUAAAGCAGUCUGGUCAGUAUCAGGAGUCACACACACCCAACCUGAACGCUUUUCUCAAGAAACUGGUCAACAACCACUAAAUCUACCCAUUCUCAGCCCCAAUGCUUGUGGCACCUGUUUGCAAAGAAAAGAGUAUUACUAGCUAGGUUGUGGCCGUGCCACGUCUUUCAAUCAUGAAAAGACAAACAAAUGGCCUGAUGAUUUUCCCAGCUCCAGUGUACACACACACACACAGAGCAGUGUGCCAGUCUGUCUCCUUAAAGAUAUAGCUCUUCUUGGGGUCGUCCCUGAGUGGUCCUAUAAAGCUCUUCCUGCCACCUAAAGGGCUCCCCUCGUAGUCCACUGGAAAGCACACAGCUUCUUCUAGAGAGCCCCCCUUUCAGUUCUUCAAAGCGCUGAGCUCACGCCGGGACUUUGCUCUCUGCAGGGAGGCUCAUCCUCCACCCCGUUCCCACUCGGCCGCCCGGCUCUUCCCCGGUGCCUGCUCCAGGGAGGCCUUUCCUGCCAGCCCUGCCCAAGGUCGGUCUCUCCUUCCCGCCACCCUCUUCUUCCGAAUCUCAGCCCUUUGAUGACUUUCUUCGAAACCCUUAACACAGCAGGCAACUGUUUCGUCACUGCUGUGUUGACUUGGGGUUUGUGUUUGCAUGAGUUUUCUUUUGUCCUCUCCUUUACUGGGACGAAAUCGCGUAGGCAUCAUGACCGCAGGAAACCUGUUUGUCGCCAUCGUCCCCUAGCACCUCGCACAGGCCUGAUGUACGGCGAGUGCUCAGUAGGGAUAGGUUUGUUGAGUGAAUGAAGGAAAGAACCAGAGACGGGAACAUGGGAGGUGCUGACCUCACUCCCAUCCUAGGUGACCCGGUGGCCCUUGAGAAUGCUGGACUGGUGUAAGUGGAUGGAAGUCCCCAAACCUUGGAUCCUUCUCCAUUUGACAGAAUUCGCUUGAUCUCUGAAUGACUCUUCCUAGACUUGUGCGACCGGCUUAGACCAUAACUCUAAAGACGUUUUUAUAGGAUCCCGCAAAUCCCUGAGUUUCCUCUCAUGCCUUCGGGCCCAGCUUUAAAAGCAUGCUAAUGACAGGGACCGCCACCUGUCCUUCAGAGGGCUCAGCGUCCAGCUGCAGAAUGAGGCAGGUGAGAGGGGACGGGACGCAGAAGACUCCGCUGUGAGCCCCAAGGGAAGCCCGUCCCAGAGGACUCUGGAAGGACCGAAGACAGAGCCUCAUCCUGGGGAAGAGCAGGGCUGACAGCGAGGCAGAGCACGACUCUGUCGCCCAUCCUGCAUGGGUCCAGGCGCGCUGUGACAUCUCAUUCAGCCCUCACCACGUCCCCAGAGGCCGGGGCUGUCCCUGCCAUUUUGGAGUUGAGAAUCGGGAGGGGAAACAUGGGCUUCUGUGCUGAUAAGCCUGGGUUCAAACGUCCCCCUCCCAGACUAGCUGCUGUAGGGCUCUGGGCUCUGUUCCUUUAUUUUUAUUAUGUGGAUAUUGACAUGUAGGGUUGCUAUGAAUAUCACAUGGUGAAUUUGUUUGCUGAUGCAUGUAUCAAAACGAGUUUGAGCUCAACACAUACUAGACGUGCAGCAAAUCACAGCCUCUUUUUUUUUUUUUUUUUGGCCGCAUAUGGUAUUUGGUAUUCCUGGGCCUGGGAUCUGAUGCUGAACCCACUAUGCCGGGCUGGGGAUCGAACCCACGUCCCAGUGCUCCCAAGAGGCCGUCGAUCCCAUUGUGCCACAGCUUUAGUGAGGUGACUCAUUCAGGUUUUCUGUUCAGACACCACGUGAAAGAAAAUAUGAUUUGUCAGAGUCACACCGAGAGGAAUGAAGGACAUUUUAACCUGUGCUAAACUAACAAUUUUUUAAUCAGCAACCCGGAAACAAUCGAGGUUUUUUUGUACAAAGUGUUGUGUACCUCUGUGCCCACCUGCUGAUUCAUGACGUGACUCAUCCCCUCUGCCAUCCCUCUGCCCAGCCCCUAAGAACUGCCGUUCCUGUUGGAGUUUCUGUUCAAGCCAUCCUUUUGAGCAGCCAUCCACCCCUGCUCAAGCCCUCUGCAUCCAUUUUUCUCCAUAAAGCUGCCCCUUCAGUGGCUCCCUGAUGACAGGCUUGCCCUGGCACCAGACAGAUGGCUCUAAAAUGCCACUGACUGUCCCACUCUGCCCCUACCCUUCCAUACAGCCCCUUGUCUCCACCGUACAGCUCUUUGGCUUAGAUUAUGAACUGUUUCAGCAACCUGACAAGAAGGAAAGUCGAAUAUGUCUUUAGCAUUUCUGAGACCUAAGACCAGCUGCCCAGUUCAUGUUGUUAAACAUGUUUCAAGACCCAUAAAUGCCUUUAGGAAGUAAAUGAAUUAGAGAAAUCCUAAAUAAAUUAAGCCUUGGACCUUCAUAAAAUGUGUUGUUGCCCAGUCAUAAAUAAAUAUUGCUGUCUAAGGGAACAGGUUGUCAGGCAAAUGUCACAUAAAAUAGAUGGAACGAGAUAAAAUCCAGUGCCCACUUUCUUAAACAGAGGAACAAGGACUCCCACCCCGCCCCACCUCUGCUAGUAAAGGCAGCCCCGGCUUGAGUGUUUUUUUUUUUCCUCCAGUCCCACCUCCUGCCUUUCCACACCCCCAACCCCACCCUUGGUAUUACAGCCCUAGGCUGCAGGAUCAAAACCAGAGUGCCCCAGGCUUCUCCUGGUGGACCUGAGCUGCUGUCCUCUGUAGUUUACCUCCGUGUGGUCGCGCCCCUUCGAACUCAGUCUUAAAAAUGAAUCCAGUUGUUUCGCAGCCAAGAUACGGCGCCGGGGGCACAGCGGUUAGUGACUGGCAGAGCGGCGUCUUUGACUGCUGUGAUGACAUGGGGAUUUGCAUCUGUGGGACUUUCUUCCCCCUGUGCCUGUCGUGUCAGAUCGCCUCUGACAUGAACGAAUGCUGCCUGUGCGGAGCCAGCGUCGCCAUGAGGACCAUGUACCGGACCCGGUACGGCAUCCCGGGAUCCAUCAUGAGUGACUUCCUGUGGCUGUACUGUUUCCCUAACUGCACCCUCUGUCAACUCAAGCGGGAUAUUGAGAAAAGAAAAGCGAUGAAUGCUUUCUAAAGGGCGCUGGGUCAGAUUCACACUGCAUUGGAAGAAAAUGCUGAAAUGAAAUGCUGCAUUUAUUCAGUGCUGGCUAUCUCCCCUCAAGUCUUAGAAACUAAUUCAGCUCAUCAUAUGGUUUCAAAUGGCUUUCAAGUAUUUUUAUUUUUCUGGCUUAUUUUGAAAGAAAUAUCUUUCCAGUGCUAUUCGCUAAGCUGACUGCCAUUAAAAAAUUAAUCUCCUCAACCAU